AAGGAUCCGUUCAACCCCGAACAUCGGGAACUGGAACACCCAAUUCAGCAGUGAAACGAAUCAGGGACCAUCACGUCAGCGGGUUAGGGCGCUGAUGUGUCUCUGCACUUUGAUCGUCUCCCGCGCAUCGCCUCACAUCGCGAAGCCAGGUCAGAGCUGACGGUCGUGGAAGAAAAAGUGAAGGGUGCGGCGCUAAAAGUGUCCAGUCUGCUUUCUUCUCUACUCCAUCUCCGGCCAUGCUUUCCCUUGGUUCGCUAUCGGUGCUUCUAUGCACGCUCCCACUCCUUUACGCACACCCUCACGUCUUGAAACGCGACCUCGCAUCGAGCGGCCUGACAGGCGCAUCAUGGAUCUGGCUCCCCUCCUCGACCCCAUCGGCCUUCACGAGCAACGCCCCCGUCGGCUCCGCGUACUUCGUCAAACCGCUCACCACGCCACCCGGCAAGACGGCCGCGACCGCGCUCAUCACGCUCACGGCCGACAACAACUUCACGCUGUGGGUGAACGGGCAGCCCGUCGGCGCGUCGGACGGGAGCAAGCCCGAUAGCGCGUGGCAGACGGCGCUGCAGUUCAGCGCCGCGCUGAACGCGUCCGCCAACGUCGUCGCGGUGAUGGCGUACAACGCGCCGGAUCCGGCGAACCCGCAGGCGAACCCCGCAGGACUAGUCGGCGCGCACGUGGCUGACGAUGCAGCCCGGAGCGCAGUCGUCCUACCCCCGGGAUUCCCGCCGUCUGGGGCGUCGUCGGCGACGCCGCUGGCGGGGUGGGCGCAGGCGGACCAGGCGGGGACGUACGCCAGUAACGUGAGUCCGUGGGGAAACCAAGUCUCGCUGGCGUCGCCCGCGACGUUCGGCGCGCAGAAUCUGUCCGCGAGCGGCGUCUCGUGGAUCUACAACAACGCGACGGCGGUGACGAGUGCGCCGGUGGGCUUCGUCGGGUUCCGCAAGACGUUCAGCACGCCUGCGGGCAAGACGGCGGCGAGUGCGACGGUGGUGGCGACGGCGGACAACUCGUUCCGAUUGUUUGUGAACGGGCAGUACGCCGGGGCCCCGCCGUUCGAUGAUAACGCUGCGGGCAGCGUGAACCAGUGGGUCUAUGCGCAGCGAUUCACUGCGAUCCCGCUCGCUGCAUCGUCCAACAAGUUCGAUAUUAUCGCGCAGAAUUUCGAAUCGCAGCAGACGCCCGGUGCCGGGUCGUCCGCGGGGCUCAUCGCUGCGAUUUUGAUCACAUUCACCGACGGAUCGAGUCAGGUGCUCGGCACUGACAGCACGUGGCUCGCAUCCGACGCUCUGGCAGGCGAUCCCUCGUCGUUCACGACCAGCAGCUCGACGCAGCUCAAGCCCGCGUCGGUGCUCGGAGCGUACGGCAUAUCGCCGUGGGGCCAGUUGUCGGGGACGUCCGAUGUGCUCAACGUCGCGCUGUUGCCGGCAAAUGCUGCCGCGGCCCCGGGGGCGUCGAGUGCCUCGGUCAGCAGUGCCAGCCCGGUUGGGGCGUCUGUCACACCGACCGGGCCAUUUACCGUCACUCCCGCGCUGACGAGCAGUCUGCCGUCUUUUGUGGCGUCGCCCGGGCCGAAACCGACGAGCGCUGGUGUCUCUGGCGGGAGGAUGGACUUGUUUAGUGUUCUACUUGGGUGUCUUUCGGUUGUUGUGCUGAUGUAG